UGGUCUCAGCCUUUCCCACUCCAGACACUGGACCAGUCCUGAUUGCAUACAGGACAGAACUUUGCUAAUAAAAAUAUAAACAUCAAUAGACACAUGGUUCCAGGAAUGAACCAGGAUAAAGCCUUUUAAAUCUUAUAUUUGACAAACAUUUUUUUAAUGUUGAAGAAAUUUUUUUAAUAAGAAUUUUUUUUGUUUUAAGCAUUGUUUAAAAAAAUCUAAACAAAGAUGGUUUCUUCAUCUUCUAUAGCCUCUUCCUCAUGCCACUGCUUGUUCUUCCUCUUACUGUUACUGGUUGUGGCCAUGCAGGUGGAUUCGAGACCCUCCCCACAAAGAUCUGACCACCAGAUUCUGAAUAAUCUCUUUGGUGCUCGGAUCAGCUCUCUUCUCCUGGCCCAACCUGAGGUCAACGAGGGGUCAGGCGAAAACCCGCCCACUGCCUCGCGAGGUGGUCGUGGUCUGUCUAAAGGGGUGGAGCCUGCACGCAGGGGUGUGCCCCGCUUCUUCCAGGACUUUAUUGGUCACCAAAGAAAGUUCAGGGGCAGAACCAGGAAGAGUUUUGGGAGAGGCUGUUUUGGGUUUAAGAUGGAUCGCAUUGGAUCCCUGAGUGGACUGGGCUGCUGAUGAGCAUAGGACAAGGGGAACCUUGCAACUUUUUUUAAAUUUAAAGAGGCCAGGUAAUGGUCAAUCAGGAUCCUUGUGAGGCAGUGACACUGCCCAUCUCCUGUGGGUACGGUGACGGACUGGAUCCUCUCGCCAUCUUUGUCCUUCUAGAACCAACAACUGAAUGAAGACAAAAUCUCCAUUAAAAUAGGAACACACAGUGUGUGCAAUCGGCUCAACAGACGUGGCAAUGAUUUAAAAAAUGUUAAUCAUAUGCUUAAUUAUGAGUGUUACUGUUACAGUACUUUGAUGUUUUAUUUGAUGAGAAUUUGCUGUACUGCUGUCACAAGCAGAAAGCCAUUCUCUGUAACUUGUUAUUGAAAUGUGAUCUGUGAUACGUGGACCCCAGACAUUUUGGUGUCUAAGACUUUUAUGUUCCUGACUCCCAGCUUUGUAACAAGCUGGCGUGAUUGUGUUGUAGUAUUAUUGUUUGUGUCUUGAUGUGGUUUUGUUAUGUUUUUUUUUUUUUUUUUGCUGAUCAGAUGACAAGUUGUUGCUAUCAGUUGUGUGUCAAAUGAGCAUGUGGGGAAUUCCCACUUUAAUACUUUCCUCAACCAAAUUUCAACAUGAGUUUAAACCUGC